GAAUAAAGACAAAAAUAAGAAAAAAUACAGAAAGAGGGGUGGGGGCUUUUAAAUAAGGUGUGUCGACCUCUAUUUAAAAAGCUUUGUGUCAAUGCUCUUUUCAUUAAAAUCCUCUCUUCCACUCUCUCAACAUUGGACGUUUAUAUCCAUAUUCGCCACCAUGUCAGACAUUGUGCACGCAAUGGUUCUCCUUAGGGAUACCUUUGAGAGGUACGCUAAAAGAGAUGGCGACAAAGACACUUUGACCAAGUCAGAACUCACUAAACUGUUCCGAACCGAGUUCCCUGGAACAGGACACAGAGACAAAGCUGCACUGGACGACUUCUUCAGUGCGUUGGAUGACGACGAGGAUGGUGUUGUUGAUUUCACUGAGUUUGUUACUUUGCUAGCAACCCUAGCUGAGCUUUACACUGAGUAUUAAAUAAAUACUUUUGCCACAGUGCCUCUGAA